GUGCGGGUUCAAAUGAGCCGCGGCCGGGCCGGGCCCCGCCGGGACUCGUUCUGAGCUGGGCCGGCACCGGCGCCGCCACCGGGACCGCCCCCGCUCGGGCUCGGCGACCAGGAGGCGGAGGCCGGGGAGAGCAGGAUGACGGUGCUGCAGGAACCCGUCCAGGCUGCUAUAUGGCAAGCACUUAACCACUACGCCUACCGUGAUGCCGUGUUCCUGGCAGAGAGGUUGUAUGCAGAAGUACACUCAGAAGAAGCACUGUUCUUACUGGCAACGUGUUACUACCGCUCAGGAAAGGCCUACAAAGCUUACAGGCUCCUCAAGGGACACAGCUGUACCACCCCCCAGUGCAAAUACCUGCUUGCAAAAUGUUGUGUGGACCUCAGCAAGCUUGCAGAAGGAGAGCAGAUCUUGUCUGGUGGAGUGUUGAAUAAACAGAAAAGCCAUGAUGACAUUGUUAUGGAGUUUGGGGACUCUGCAUGCUUUACACUCUCCUUACUGGGACAUGUCUACUGCAAGACAGACCGGCUUGCCAAAGGAUCAGAAUGUUACCAAAAGAGCCUUAGUUUAAAUCCUUUCCUCUGGUCCCCUUUUGAAUCACUCUGUGAAAUAGGUGAAAAGCCAGACCCUGACCAAACAUUUAAAUUAACAUCCUUACAGAACUUCAGCAGCUGCCUGCCCAACACUUGCACAACGUUGGUGUCCAACCACAACAUAUCCCACAGGCAGCCCGAGAGUGUCCUCAUGGAAACCCCCCAGGACACCAUUGAGCUGAACAGAAUCAACUUAGAAUCCUCCAAUUCCAAAUACUCCUCCCUGAACUCGGAUUCUCCCGUGUCUUACAUCGACUCUGCUGUGAUUUCAUCAGAUCCUGUCCCCCUGGGCUCAGGAACUGCCAUCUUGUCCAAACAGGCUCAGAACAAACCAAAAACAGGCCGCAGUUUACUGGGGGGACCUGCAGCUCUGAGCCCCCUGACCCCCAGCUUUGGAAUUUUGCCACUAGAAACCCCGAGCCCUGGAGAUGGAACCUAUUUACAGAACUACACCAACUCCUCCUCUGUAAUCGAUGUGCCAUCCACAGGAGCACCUUCAAAGAAGAAACUCUGUGUUGUGCAGACUGUCAGCAGGAUAAGCCAGGCUGGAACAAAAUCUGUCUUCUCCCAGAGUGGGAACAGCAGGGAAGUCACUCCAGUCCUUGUUGCACAAACACAGAGCUCUGGUCCCCAGACAAGUACAACACCUCAGGUAUUGAGCCCAACCAUUGCUGCUCCACCAAACUCACUGCCUCGAAGAAGCUCUCGCCUGUUUACCAGUGAUAGUUCUACAACAAAGGAAAAUAGCAAAAAGUUAAAAAUGAAGUUUCCACCCAAGAUCCCCAACAGGAAAACAAAAAGUAAAACAAAUAAGGGAGGAAUAACUCAACCAAACCUAAAUGACAGUUUGGAGAUCACCAAACUGGACUCUUCCAUCAUUUCAGAAGGGAAAAUUUCCACUGUUGCUCCACAAAUCCAAGCUUUUACCCUCCAGAAGGCAGCAGCAGAAGGUUUGAUGAGCCUCCUGAGGGACAUGGGCAAGGGUUACUUGGCCUUGUGCUCCUACAACUGCAAAGAGGCCAUCAACAUCCUGAGCCAUCUGCCCUCCCACCACUACUACACAGGCUGGGUGCUGUGCCAGAUUGGCAGAGCCUACUUUGAGCUGGCAGAGUACAUGCAGGCCGAGAGAAUAUUUUCAGAAGUCAGGAGGAUUGAGAACUACAGAGUAGAAGGCAUGGAGAUCUAUUCCACCACCCUCUGGCACCUGCAGAAAGACGUUGCCCUUUCGGUUCUUUCCAAGGAUUUGACGGACAUGGAUAAAAACUCACCGGAGGCCUGGUGUGCUGCAGGGAACUGCUUCAGCCUGCAAAGGGAGCACGACAUUGCAAUCAAGUUCUUCCAGAGGGCCAUCCAGGUGGAUCCAAACUAUGCCUAUGCCUACACCCUGCUGGGCCACGAGUUUGUGCUGACAGAAGAGCUGGACAAAGCCCUGGCUUGUUUCAGGAAUGCCAUCAGAGUCAACCCCAGGCACUACAACGCCUGGUACGGGCUGGGCAUGAUUUAUUACAAGCAGGAGAAAUUCAGUUUGGCAGAAAUGCAUUUCCAGAAAGCCCUGGACAUCAACCCUCAGAGCUCAGUCCUGCUGUGCCACAUCGGAGUCGUCCAGCACGCACUGAAAAAAUCUGAGAAGGCUUUGGACACGUUGAACAAAGCCAUCAACAUCGACCCCAAGAACCCACUAUGCAAAUUCCACAGAGCUUCGGUGUUGUUUGCCAACGAGAAGUACAAGUCAGCUUUACAAGAACUUGAAGAAUUGAAGCAGAUUGUUCCCAAAGAGUCUCUUGUUUACUUUUUAAUAGGAAAGGUUUAUAAAAAACUGGGGCAGACCCACUUGGCCCUCAUGAAUUUCUCCUGGGCCAUGGACUUGGAUCCCAAAGGAGCCAACAACCAGAUCAAAGAGGCCAUUGACAAGCGUUACCUUCCUGAUGAUGAGGAGCCCAUCACUCGAGAGGAGCAGAUCAGUGAAUGUUACCCCUAUGAAUCAGUUGGCACGGACGAGUCCCAGGAGAGCAGCAUGACGGACGCAGAUGACACGCAGCUCCACGCGGUGGAAAGCGACGAAUUUUAACCUCCAAGAGCCACUGUCUGAGCCUGA